AUGGUCAAGUUACUGGAAAAGAUAGAGGCUCUUUCAGUAAGGGUCGAUGCUUUGAGCACAACCACUCCCGAGCCUCAAGGGACCUCCUCCCCAAGAUCACCUCUACCUCAAGCUACCUCCUCCCCUCCUACAGUUGUCUCCGCUCACCCAAUCGACUCUAACUCUGACCCCCGUGGCAAAUGCCGCCAGAUUAUCCAGACUGCGAGAAAAGAGGCGAGGCAGGAGUUGAAGGUUACUAACUUCAGCACAUUCCUGGGAGGUGAGCAGAAGGACGAGGCCAUUCUGCUUGACAUCUCAGCUAAUCCCGCUUCUGGUCGAGGAAAGAUCUCUCAAUCACCUUCGACCAUCAGAGGUCAUCUAAGUGCUUUCGACCGUCUAUUGACUACCAGUGCUAUCCCCCCUGGCUCGGUAUGCUCUUAUUUUCGCUUGCUGUACUCCCUCUCGGAGAAUGUGAAGAACCGUAUCUCGGCCACCACUGACUACUCUCUAUCAGAGUUCUCUAAUGAGCACUCUCUCUAUCGGAGGUUCGAGACCUUAUACAACGACCUUCGAGCCACAUUGUUAAGCACUUACCUAGAUGUCAGUGAGGGCGCUCGCCUUCGUCAAGAGUGGCACGACCUUUCCCAGAAGGAUGGUUCCUCUUAUCUAACCUUCCUGAUCAGUCUUGAUAGAUUGAGAGUCGAACUUCGUCUUCAAGGCGAUAUCCUAGCUGACUCUGCGGU